CAGGACAGUUAACUCAGCAGAGAUGAGUUCACAGGACUACUGCGGGAACUGCAUAUAUAAAUCCGGCGGGAGGGGCAGAUGGCAGUGUGUCCUUGGCGUCUGCGGAAGGAACACGGGCGUCUGGGCAGGAAAGCGUCCGAGUACAAUGGGCGUCCUGAGCAUGACAUCCGUGGGCGUGUGGGCGGCGGUGACUCUGCUGUUGAUGAGCGUUUUGCAACCGCGCACGACAGAAGCAGCAGCGGAGCCUUGGAGGCGGUGUUGCAGAGGGGGACGUUUCGUUGCAGGGGCUCUGGGCUUUGCAGGCGGCUAUCUUCUCGGCCACCACCACCACCACCACCACGGCGGGGGGUGCGGGGGAUGUGGAGGCGGCUGUGGAGGGUGUGGAGGAGGAUGUGGAUGGUGCGGAGGUGGAUGGUACGGGCGCAAGAGGAGGAGUCUCGACGAGGUGAUGGACAAAGAGGCGCUGGAGGAACUGUACUUUAAGAUCGCCAAGGAGGACGAGGAGAAGUGCGGCCUCCGCCUGGUGUGCGAGCUGGCGCAGAAGGACCCCAACGACCUCGCCGGCGACGAGACCCUGCUGCUGCUGCCCUACAGAGGCCGCCCGGAGAGCUCGCCCUUGCCGCCCUUCUUCGGCCGCUACGACGAGGCGGUGCGGCGCGGGCAGGAGGGCCGCCGCUGCCACGAGCUCUACGACGCGUGCGCCUUCCGCCACGCCGAGCUCAUGGCGCAGUACAGGGCCAACCUCACGAGCGACGACCCGUAUGGCUUCCUGUUCCCUGAGGAGGCGCUGGAGGUGGAAGUCGUCGAGAAAUGAGGAGUUUGGAAUAAAGUCUUGGAAAGCCGCUUUGGAUGUUUAAUAUUUCGUUCCAAGAUAGGAUUUUUUUUUUACUAUUACCUCUAUUACAACCAUUCAUACUACCGUGAUGUUAUUCGUAUUAUCAUUAUCAUUGAUUUUAUGUUUAUUUUGCUGUAAAAACCGCAAUAAUACUUGGAGUGACGCUUCUCUCGUGGUGAUGAUUUUUUUUUUCGAAUAUCCGAGAAGGAAUCUUUACGUGGAAUUUGGAAAGAAUUCCGGGAAGAUUGGCAAACAUGUUCAUCAGAUGUAUAAAAUGUGGUUAAACGCCUCAAAAAGUAACUAAGCUAAAUGUGACUGAAAGCUAA